CCGGACUCGUAAUCCCAAGUCAAUCACUCACAACUUGGGCAACUUAAUGAGCAACACCUUCAAGACUUUCGCAAUUGUUGGAGCAGGCGGGGCUAUCGGGCAACCCGUUCUUGAGAGUCUCCUUGCGAGCAACGCAAGCAAGGUUGUCAUCCUAACAAGACCUGACUCCACGUCAACCUUCAAGCCCCACGCAAAACAGACCGUUGAGAAAGUGAAGCCGGAUGACGCAAACGCCGUGUCAGCGGUCCUCAGGAAGCACGGUGUCGAGGUGCUCGUCUCCACGGUCGGGUUUUCUGGGUUUGAGGCGCAGAUUCACCUCGUAGAUGCGGCGAAGCAGGCUGGCGUGCAGCUGUUUGUCCCGUCUGAGUUUGGAAGUGCCACUGAGGGCAUGACAGAUGAGGGACCUUUGGCUGUGAAGGAAAAGGUUGCAAAACAUGCACAGUCAAUUGGUCUUCCUAUAGUACGCGUAUACACCGGGCUGUUCACAGAACAUGUCCCUCGGUUGGGUGUUGUCGAGGAGACAGGCAGGUUCCUUGUACUCAAUCCGGGAGAUAAACCACUUUCCUUGACCUCGCUUCCUGACAUUGGCGGGUUCCUCGCAUACGCAUUGACAAGCCUUCCAUUGGGCAAGCUCCAAAACGCGACAUACCGCCUCGAAGGCGAACGACUCUCGCUCUCCCAGAUCGGCACUCUUUAUGGCAAGCUCAAGUCUGUCACAGUCGAGCACAUCGACAAGUUUCCGGAUGACUUACCUAAGGCCGCUCUAUUGAAUUACUUGGGGAAGGAGCUCAACUCCGGCAGGGCAGUGUCCAGUUACGACCGUGUGCAGGGUAGAGAUCUAGGCCCUGGCGCGCUUUCGAACAGUCUGUUGGAGGGGCAUGAGUGGAAGACUGUUAACGAUGUAUUCAGAGCGUGAAAAGGAUUUUCUCACAGCUGUGCGUUGUAUUUUUUCUACCGGUGUAAGUUUAGUGUAGGCAAUACAAGUCAAAAAUCCGUUGAAAAGC